UGGGAGCCAAGGCGGAAAACUAGGGAAUGGGAGAUAAAGUGGCCUCCUGAAUAGGAAUGCCUGCCCAAAUAUCAGAAUUGGAGAUCAUGGAUGAAGAUCAGUUAAUUGAAGAAGUCUUGGAUAAGUUUGUUAAUUGCCAUGAACAAACAUAUGAAGAAUUUCUGAGCACUUUUACUCAUCUUUCAAAAGAGGAUAAUGUGACCAAAAGAGGAGCAUUUGAAACCGAUUCUUCAGAAAACAUAUUUCCUUCAAUAAAAUUUGCUCGUGAAAAUGAACCAAGUGAUCAUCAUCUUAGAAAUAAAGCCAUCUUUCUUCGUACUUCAUCACAAUGUUCAGAAGAGGAACAGAUAGUGAUAGAUGAAGGCCAAAAAGUUGGCAGUUCCUUUCAAGGUGAUCUGAAUCGGGCAGGAAGGGUGAAGGUAGACAAUUUCCUAGAUUUAGAAGAUUUGGAUGUGGAUGAAGAGACUCAGCCCCAAAAGAGCAAGGAUUCGCUGCUGCUUCCAGGAGAAGUGGAGGAGGACCUCUGCACGCGUGUCCCUUCCUACAUUCCUUCUGUGGCCCAGCCCUUCGCCCCUGGGUUCAAGCCGGGGCCCGCUGUGGGAGGAGACAAACAAACAGAAGAGACACUCGGAGAUGAAGUUCAGCCCUUCUCACUUGAUGAAGAAUUCGAUUAUGAUGUUGUGACGCUAACCCCCAAGUUCACUCCUGCAGAGAUGGAUGCGAUUACAGAGCUAUCCAAGCAAAAGAGAGAGAUCACCAACACAGACUUAGAGGAACCCCACGGUUGAUUCACCGAGACAUCUUGGUGUUAAUGUUUAUUUUGUUGUUAUGCAAGCAACAUUAGAAUAAAAGGUAAAACUA